UGAAGAAAACGACGGUUUUGCGAUAAUACCAUGCAUUUCUUUGUAUUUUGCGAGUCGAACCACUUUGUAGAGCUGAUAACAAAGAUGUGAAUGUGGCACAAGCAAGAGGUGCAAUACAUACUGGCAUUAGUUUUCAAAGCUCCGUAAGAAAACAAACCAAGAAAAAUGGCUGAUGUUCAUAAACACCUAUUUGAACUGAAGAAACACUGGGAAGAAAACAAAGAGUUGGAGGCUGUUAUAGUUGAUAUGUCCAACGAUGGAGCUCCUAAUCAAGUAACCAAACCUGACAUUGAAGAGGACCAAAGAAGAUGGCUGAUCAUUAGUUUAUGUCUACAUAACGUGGUUUCACCAGCUCUGCGUACGUACGUUAGGCCGAUUGUCGAAGCAGAGUACAAAAACUUUAAGAAGUCACACAAAAUUGAUGCCCAACAGUUUCCAAAUUACCUGAAGAAAUAUCCUCCUACGAAGAAAGAUAUGAACUAUGAAAGCAUUAACAAUAACAAACAGAUACCGAAAGUCAAUAGAAAAUCAGAUUUCACAAACUUUGAUUUCCGGGUGAAGGAUGCUGUAGACUUUACAAAGCUGUUCUUGCAAACACAUAUGGUCCAUUAUACAGGAUUUGAUGAUACGUGUGACCAAAGUGCCCUUCUUGGAAUAAUUGCAAAUAUGGACUCAUUUCCACAGCUUCUAAAAGUAGCUGCAGACAAACUGAGAACAGAGGUACGGAACCCAUGGGCUCACGUGAAUUUCACUGAAUGGGACACAGUAAAGUACCAGACUUGCUUUCAGCUGAUGACUCAAGUUAUCAAGAACAUGGCCUUGCCUCGUGCUCAAGAAAUAGCUAUGCUUGAUCAGCUUAACGAGUGGAAAUCGAACGGUAUGCAGUUCCUCAAUGGAACCACGAUUGGGCUAGAAUUGCUUGAACGUUUAAUCACGAAAACUAAGGCUUUGGCAGCAUAUAUUAAGGGAAUAGAAAGGAUAAAUUAUGAAAAUUUUGAGACCUGCAGAAAUGCUGUAGCCAACAUUUCACUUUCGUUGGAUUCAUCAGUGCAAGGACUGAAACAGAAAGAUGCUGAACUGGAAUAUAGAGCAGACACACAAGCUACCAUACUGAAACAAGUAUCGAAAAAUGUCGAUGAUGUUAAAUCUACAGUCGCGCACUCCGAUGACAACAUUUGCCAACUGCGACAACAGUUUGAUUUAGUUACAAAGGAAUCAGACGAAACAAGGGAACUGGUUCACAACACAAAAUCUGAUUUUCUCCAAAAAGUAGAAGGAAUGGCAAAAGACAUAGAAAACACACACAAAGAUAUUGACACAAUUAAACGUAAUAUGUCACAUGACAGACCUCCAAAUAUGCCAUUUUUCUAUCCUCCUAAUAGAUUACAAAACUUUAUUGGAAGAGUCUUUGAGUUGAAAGACCUGGAUACAAAUUUUAUUUCUAACAAAGAAAAGGUCUAUACGCAGGCCAUUUGCGGGCUGGGUGGAAUUGGAAAAACAACUAUUGCCUCUGAAUAUGCUUGGCGGAGUGCAGAUUUCUACGUAGGGGGAAUAUUCUGGCUUGAUGGAGAGAAUACUGAGUCGAUUUCAGAUUCUGUGCAUAGACUCGCUAUUGAUACAGGAACAACUGGACAAAACGCACAAGAAACGCUACACAAAACAACUAGAUGGCUAUCAAUGGUACAACAGAAGUGGCUUCUUGUUAUCGAUAACGUCGAUGCUGAUGAUAUAUCUGGCAUGAUAAGUGAACUUCUUUUGGGGUCUUGGAAGCGGGAGUCUAAAGGACAUUUGCUUAUUACGACCAGACGUGAAUCUGCCGAGGCUGAAGAAGAUUUUCAAGUUUCUACAGAUUGCUGUCUCACGUUAGAAGUAUUCACAUGCCAGGAGAGCAUCAACUUCAUGCAGAUUCGCACAGGCCUCGAUGUCAAAAAUGAAUGCGCGUACGUUGAAAGUAUAAUUGAAGAACUUGGUGGUCUUCCACUAGCAUUGGAACAAGCGGCAGCGCAUAUAAAGAGUUUGAAAAGGUUUGGGGGCACCUUCAAGCAGUAUCUGGAGAAGUUCAAAAAGCAAAGGCUGAAGUUUCUUAAAGUGAGUCAAAGAAGCAAAGCUCGGCUUGCUGUUCAAACAACUUGGGAACUGAACUUUGAAUAUGUCAAACAACAUUCUGAUGAAAUGGGCGUUGGAAAUGCAGCAGUGGCUCUAAUGUACAUUUCAGCGUUUUGGUUUGCAGAUGAUAUUCCACAAGCCUUGAUAAAUGUUGGCUCACCAGCAAAUAUUACGGAUGAAAAUUUGUGUGACAUAUUGAGUGAUGAUAUUGGUCCUAAGCAAAUAAUGGAAAUUCUUACAAGGUUUUCUUUGUUUCAACAAAAGAACUCUGAUAGUGUUUCCGUCCAUCGACUGGUUCAAGAGAUUGUUAGAGAAAAGGUGACAGAUACGAUGAAUCAAAAAGAUAUCCUACGUAAUGCAGCCAGAAUGAUUCAUUUUGCACUUUCCCAUUGCAAAUCACCAGGGGAUGUAUUGAAAUCAGAUAGCAUUGAAAGGGGAUCACUCCGAAUGUGGAACAGAUUAGCUAUACAUGCAAAUGUACUAAAAACAUACAUUAUAAACUUCUCAAAAUCGAAUGCUGAUGAGAUGGAUGUUUGUUUCAAUUUGGAAACCGCAUAUUUGAUGCAAACAAGCGCUAUUUACCACAGCUUGCUUCAAAGACAGGAUGAAGCACUUGCUGCACAGGAUCAGAUGCUGACAAUUCUAACUACUAUUGAAGUUACAGACAAAGAUUGUAGGGAAUUGACGUUGGUGAAAAUACCUCUUCUUUCAGAUCAGAAACUUCUCAUCGAAAAUGCAACGUCAGCUGUUAUCACAGACGAAAGGCAGCCGGAGCAAGGACAUGAAUCAAUGAUUGAUGUUGAUGUGGAGGGUCUUCGUAUGAAAGGAAAUGCAGCGUUCAGGGAAAAACGUUAUCAGAAUGCAAUUCAGUACUACACAGAAAUAGUGAAAAGCACCAGUAACACACAAUUAGAUGCAAAGGUAUAUUCGGAAAGGAGUUUGGCAUACUUACGAAACAAGGAUUUUCAAAAUGCAUUAAGAGAUGCAGAUGAAUGUAUUCAAAUCGAUCCUACAAAUUGGAAAGCUUAUUGUUGGAAGGCUUAUUCAAUAGCCAAUUUGAUAAGACUUGGACAGCUUGAGCACAACUGGGAGUCGGUUGGGCUAGCCGCUGCAUCUGUCGCGAGAUAUUAUAACAAGGAUUGCUUAAUGGAAUUCAAAAUGAGAAUUGAGUACCCAGUUGUGAGUUAUAAAGUGAUUGCAAACAAAAACGAGCUUAACAAGCAAGUAUCUUCUUUGAUGAACAUGUCCUUCACAACUCUUCUACUCAAGAAAGGUGUCUACAACUUGACUGGUCUACUUGAAACGGGGAUAACAAAAAGUGUUCAGAUAAUAGGAAUUGAAGAUUCUGUGGAAAUUAAUGAAGGCCUCGUUCCAUUGGUAUUUCCACGGUUUGGUAUGUUUACCGUUGACUAUAGAAUACCAUGCUGUGUGUCUGUCCACAUCGAAAAUGUUACAUUUGUUGAAAACUCUGGUCAGGUCUUUGUAGAUAAAAACGUUGUUGCAACAUUUCUACGCUGUACGUUUAGUAAUGGACAGAAAGCCUGCGAAAACUAUCCAAAAUGUGACGGAAACGAAGGUUGUAGAAACGAGCGAAAAGGAGACUGCGCAAAACAUUUCAAACUCGAAGAAGGAGAAAAUUUUUCUAGUGGAGCUGUUGGUUAUCCUGGUGUUGUUGCUCGAAAUGGUGGACAGGUUUAUCUGAAGAAAUGUAAGUUAAUCCGAUGCGGUGGUGGUGGUGCUUUGAGUAUUGGAAAAGGGUCGUUGAUGAAUGUUCAGAAUUGUCUGAUUAUGAAAAUGCACAAUAUGGGAGUGGAAGCUAGAAAUGGAGGCCUGGCUGAAGUGAUCGAGUGCGAAAUUCGACAUAACCAAUCGCAUGGUAUUGCAAUUGGUCCAGAGGGAAGGGGUUACAUUUCUGGGAAUACGAUCAGCGACAAUGGGCAAGAAGGAAUAUGGGCUGGUGGAGUUUUACUUUUGAACUAUGAUGGGAAACCAACAGCAGCAUCAACCGAUCCUUCCGGUGGUUCGAUAUGUACAAUUACAGAAAACAUCAUUUGUAAUAAUGGCAAGUCAGGAAUUUCGUUUGAUGGAGGUAUUUAUACCGUCAGAGGCAACAGAAUAUUUGAUAAUUGGUUGUGGGGAUUAAUGGCAAAAUCCCGAUCAAGCGUCAAUAUUGAAAAUAACGAUAUUUUUAAGAACAAAUGCGGAGGAAUACGAAUCGGCGUUAAUUAUUCAGCGGUUGUAUUCGUUGAUGGCAAUACAAUAAGAGACCAUACUGGCCCAGGUAUAUUCUCCCUUAAUGCGCAUGAAAAUGAUGCAUUUCUAGAUGAAUAUCGAGAAAUGAACAAAAAAUUCAAACUUCCUGGGGUGAUAGAAGACGAAGUAGAAAUGUACUCAGUUCCUCUUCUCAUGACAACUAGAAAUUUGUUACGAGACAACGAUCUAGGCAUCCAACACCCACAGCAAAUGUUACAAGUUGUGCAAACAUGUUGCCAAUGUGCAAAACCUUCAGACAAUCUAAAGACAUGCGGAAGAUGCAAAAAGGCUGCAUACUGUAGUAAAAAGUGCCAAAGGGAACACUGGAGAAAACACAAGCACAUGUGUGAAAUACUUUUACUUGAGUACAACAUUGAUAUUCAGAUGUUGGACACCAAAGAUACAAAACAAACUUUUGGAUGGACAAGGAUGCCAAAGAAAGAAAUGAUGAUUUUGCGUUUCGAGUCUCCUUUACCAGGCAUUGGCAAAGGAAAGCCACCGGAGAGAAAAUCAUCGGAGAGGUUUAUUGUACAAAUACAGUCCGGAAAAGAAUACAAUCUUUACGACCCGGAAACAGAAAUGCUACUGUAUGAUCAGAGUUUGACAGUGGACAUACUGUUAAAGAAUCCAAAGCUUUAUCAUUUGGUGCAAGAUUGUGGACUUUUGUCUACAUCAAAAUUUACAACAAAGAAAAUAUUUUGCUGGGCUUCUUUCAAAAACAAAGGCACGAUUCUCAGUAUUUAUACUGCUAAUUUACCGAAGUUUCAGACCUGGUAAGCAUUCGGAGCUUUUCGUUAUUUUUUGACAUUGAUAAUUGAAUAUUUCUUAUAAGAAUACCGAAUACACAAGGGUUGGAAAUACUAACUAUGUCUGGAUACUGAAACGAUUGCUAACAAGUACGUGUCACAAAUGUGAAUAGCUGCUUAUUCUUGGCCGGAAUCGUGUUUCACUGAAAUCUAAUUUAGGCGUCAAAGUUUUGUUUGGUAAGAGCGUCACUAAGGAACUGCUGAAUUAACUUAACUUCUUUUGCAUUCUGUAUUUUAAGACAAAGAAUAGUUUCAUUUUGAUAUGUCUAUGAAAAUGAAGUUCAUCAUCAAAUCUCGUAGUAUAUUAUGUGUGAGCAUUAUUAUCAAUUACUUGUAUGACUUUGUUUCAUAUUUUGAAAUAUUAUAGUAGUUUUGAAUCCCUGUAUGUAAAUGUAAUGUUAUAUUUGUACUGUUUUCCUCAACAAGAUUUUCAUAAUUUAUAUUUGAUCGAAUGCUGUCAGAUAUUUUAUGUCGCUCGCUAGACGCACGUAAUAUGACUUGCAAGCCAUGGAUGCUUGAAAAGCAAAAUUAAACAUAGUGCAUACUGUGGAAUAGUGCUAAGUACCAAAGACCAGAGUUAUUGACAAGUGGUAAACACUGUAACUGAUGUUACAUAUUAUUAAUGCGUUAUGAUAUACACGUACAUAAUUAUAUCCACCAUGUAUACAUUGUUGAUUAUGAAAAACUCACAGUCAAUGCCUACGCUGAUU